GUAUAUUGUAGAAAAAAAUUAAAACUCCAAAAAUUGCUAAAAGGUAAAGAGAAAAAGCUGACAUGUUAACUAAUAAAAGAGUUGUGCCGUUUAGAUAUGAAUUUAACUUGGAGACUAAUAAAAUAUCUCUUCAAAUCAUAACUUUUUUUAGACUUGUAAAAAAAAUGUUUUUACCGAACUUUCAAGACCCACAGAACCCAAAAUAAUGACAAAAAUAAUGACAAAAUAACUACAUUUAUCAUUCUACAAGGGCGUCAUCAACGUUGUUCGAUCCAAAUAUCGACACCAAUGUUGGUAUCGGUAUUGAUCGAUAUCAUUGUGAAAGGAUCGAUACUUGGGCUUCAGUUGUUUCAUGCAGUAUAAUAUAAUACUACAUUUAUUUCAUGUUUUACGUUGAAAGCAAUUAACACCAAUACAUUGCAAAUGUAAUGAUCUAAAAUCAAGGUGAAAUAUACUUGAUAUUUUACUAUAGAACUAUUUGUGUAUUUUGAAAAUGCACUACAAUCUGAAAUAUGUUUAAAAAAAAUGCUUGAAACAAUCAAAAUAUCAAAUGGAUUUUAACUAAAACAUUUCAGAUGCAAGUCCAUCCAACAUUACUACAGAGAAGUGUCUUAACAAAGAAAGUGAUUUUUGCCCACCAAACAAUCUCCAUUCACUUUAAACCUCAAAAUUUGGCAAAUGUGGUUAAAUAUCAAUUUUUAUACUUAACUUUGUAUUUUUUUACUAGAUUCUUACUUUGUGCUUUUAUUGCCUUACUUUACUGCCCUGCCCUGCUUUUAUUUUUAUGAGCUUGUUAUAUUGUCCCAGCUUUAGUAAGCAUUUUGGUAGACAUUGUGUGGUCACAUUCAGAUAAGACUUUCGGAAUUAUGGAUAAACAUUUACAAGUUGAGCGGCGUUAACUUUUAUCACUUUGUACCUUGAUGUUGUUGCUCAUCCUGCCCUGAUUUUUGUCCUCGACUCAAAAUUGACUAUACUUUGAAGCGUGAACAGCGACUUAAUUUAGUCUGAGCUAUUUUAUGCACCAUGGCCGCCAAAGGGUUGGAAGGUGUGAAAAUGAAGAGGGAAAUCGGCCUGAUUGGAGGAGUGGCAUUUAUCUCGGGGACCAUGAUUGGAUCUGGCAUAUUCAUGUCGCCACAGUUUGUGUUGGCCUACACAGGAAGUCCUGGAGCAAGUUUGUUGAUAUGGGCCCUCUCUGGGGUUGUGGCCAUGUUUGCUGCGCUGUCUUUUGCUGAACUGGGGACUCUUAUUCCCGAAUCUGGUGGCGAGUUCAUUUACAUACUUCGUAUCUACGGGUCAUUUCCUGCGUUCUUUGCCGCCAUUACGUUCAUCCUGAUUGUCAAGCCUUGCAGCGGUGCAGCGGUAGCAAUCAGUGUUGCAAAAUAUGCAAUGGCGCCCUUUUACAGCGGAUGUGAUCCUCCACAGGUGGUGGUGAAGUACACUGCGGCGGUGGCCAUUCUGAUUGUGAUCAUAGGCAACAUCCUGAAUGUGCGGCUUGCUGUGAGAAUCCAAGUAGUCUUCCUGGUAACCAAGGUCUUGACAUUGACCUUGAUUGUAAUAGGAGGACUAGUGGCACUCACACAGAGCCGUGAUAUCAUUGUGGACAACUUAAAUGUUGAGAAUUCAUUCAAGGAAACUCAGUACUCCUUCAGCACUAUUGGAAUGGCUUUUUAUCAAGGACUCUGGUCUUAUGCUGGCUGGUCCAAUUUGAACUAUGUCACUGAGGAGGUGAAGAGACCACAGGUGAGGCAGAUAAAAGUUUCACUUCCUGUUCCAACCAUUGUUCUGCGGUCAAAUGUGCCAAAGUUUUACUGACGUCUUAUCUCUGUGACAAAGGUGUGUUGUCAUCUGUAAGGAUACUGCAAUGUUUCCUCAAGAUCAGGGGUCUCAAACAUGCGGCCACUAGUUUGAGGCCCCCACCUUGAUAUGAAAGUGUUAGUGCGGCCUGCGCAAGUUUGAUAUGGAUGCUGUAUGGUAUCAUGUACCCAGAAAAAAUUAUUACGUUUGAUUAAUGUUCAUGUUAAAGGUUAAAUAACUGUUAAUAGUUAUCCUCCCUAUCUGUGUGGAAGUGGUAAGUUUUUGGCUAUUUAAGUUUAAAGGAAAUAACUUGAAGGCUACCGUUUAGGCCGCUAGCUCUCUAGUUUGCGAGUCAGCAUGUGUCUCAAGACCCUGCAGUUGCGCAAUAUGUUGUAAAUUUAAAAAAGUAUAAAUGUGACUAUAGUCGUGUUUUGUCAUGUCUACAGGGCUCUAAUAAUGCUUUGUUAAUUUUAAUCUGAAAAAAAUAAUUUGUCUACCCACCAACUAUAUGUGGUUUCUUAGGUUUUUAUUA